AUGCAUUUCAUUGAGCAGUUUCAUGUAGAUUAGUACAAAGAUUUGGCAUAUAAAGGUGAUCUACUAAAGAUGGGCAGUAGAACUUUUUGUUGGAGACUGUUCUUAGGACUUAUCCCUGAAGAGAAAAAUUUCUACAAGUGGGUUGAAUCAAUUAGAAAUGAAAGACAAAUUUUCUAUAAAAAGUCCUAGGAGCUUAGAAUAACAAAGAAUGGAGACUUAGAUCCUAAGAUAUUCAAUCCCUUAGCUGUGCAUACUGAAAAUAAUCCAUGGAAUAAUAUGUUUAAGGACAAAGAAAUGAGAGAAUUGAUCACUCAAGAUAUUGAAAGAACAAGUCAAGAAUACGAUUUCUUCCAAUAGAAAAAAGUUAAAGAUAUUCUAAUUGGAAUGCUAUUUUUAUGGGCAAAAGAAAACUAAGAGACUUAGUACAAGCAAGGAAUGAAUGAGUUAUUAGCUAUAGUAGUAUUUGCUUUCUUUGCUGAGAGAAUGGUAGCUAAAAAGGAUUACGACUAGAUGGACAUUGAGUCUAUUGCUUCUAACUCAGAUGAUUUGAUAGGGUUUAUCUUUGAUUCAAGACAUACGUUUGCAGAUAUCUAUUCAACAUUCGAUUGUAUUUUGCAGUAUGGAGUUAAAAAUCUUUACUCUGAUACAAAAGAUAUUACCGUGUUAAGAAAGGAAUUGUUUAAGGAACAUGAUGAGCCAAAGAAUAUGGAUUCUAAGCACUUAUUUGAAUGGAAAUAGAGACGAGAAUUCGAAGAAAAAAAGAUCAGAGCCAAACUUGAGAAAGCUUAUGAAUAAGAAAAAUCAAAGUCUGUUAUAAUGAAGAAAUGCAAUAGAAUAUAUCACGAAUACUUGAAGUAUAUUGAUGGGAAAUUAUACAAUCAUUUGAUGGAAAAUUAAGUAACACCUGAACUUCAGCUAAUGAGAUGGCUAAGAUGUGUACUGAGCAGAGAGUUUACUAUAGAAUUCACACUAAUGUUUUGGGACUUUAUCUUUGCUGGAAUAGAAUCUAAACACAAGCUUGACCCGAAAUCCAAAACUUCUGAAUUUCUAGCGAUUGAAGACGAUCCUCUUGCAUUUCAUGAUUACUUAUGUGUAGCGAUGAUCCUUAACUUAAAAUCAGACUUACUUGAAAGUGAUUUCUCAAUGUGCCUAGCCAUGAUGCUUAAUUACCCUGAACCUUAGGUACCAGAGAACUUGCUGAGAUAUGCUCUCAAGAUAAAAGAAAAGAUCAAAGAAAUGUCGUAGUACAAUCCAAAUGAGGCUGAGUAUCGUCAGAGAGCUAUGUAACAAUAACAACAAUAGCAGUAACAGUAAUAAUAACAGUAAUAGCAACAAUAGUAAAGUUUGAAUUCAUCCUAAUCUAAUUAAAACCUUCAGAGCCUGUAAUCUCAGUUGUUUCUAAAUCCAUUAGCUUAAAAUUUAUCUGGAGGUAUCUAAUCUUAAAAGACAUUGUCUACGAAUAAAAACAGCUAAGGCACUAAUGCAAAUAUCAAUAAAAACAGCAAUAAUUCUUAAUACUAUAGUCAAAGUUCAUAUUAAAGUUAAAACAGUAGCAUGCUCAAAGAUAGUGAUGUACUUAACCCAUAUCUUAGUCACUACAAUGAUGAUAGCAAAUCUAAAUCAAAGUUUCCAUUUAUCUCUCCUUUAUCUAACUUCUCAGUUAGCAAGGAUAAUAAAACAUAAGCUAAAGAAGAUAAAAAGAAGAUGCCUCCUGUUUAAUAAAGUGCUAUUGCAACUUCUAUUAAAUAUUAACCAACUACGGUAUUUGAUCCCUUAAGAGCUAAUAUGGAUAGUACUUCCUCGAACGGUAAUUCAGAUUAAAUCAGAAAGAAAAACGAAUAGGUUCAACAGGCGAUUUAGAAAUUAAACAAUGUAGAUAACUAUGUAGAGCAACUAUGGAAUAAAGUAGAAGAAAAUGAAUUGUCUAAGAUUCUAACAGAACUUAGAGAAGCAAUAAAUAUUCUUAAUUAGACUUAAAGUAAUUGA